AUCCCAUUUGCACAUAUGCCCACAUACAGAUUUGGCAAUGGUAAUAGCAAUUCGUUUGACAGCUAGUAUUCUAUAAAUUCUAUCCUGUCGAGAUGCCCCAUUAUCGAUACUACUAUCGACUUGGUUAUACAAUAUUUUACUUGUUUGCACACCACUAAUUCAAAAUUGGCGUCCUAUUGUGAAAUUCAUAAACUUUGAAAUAUAAAAUAUGUCGCGACAAACCAUUCAGGACGCUGUGAAUAAAAAAAGUGAAUGUGUAAAGUUAAUACAAAAUGAAAAGGGCAGGAGUGACGAGUGGAAGCUGUUCGAUUGCGUUAAUUAUAAUGGCAAUAAUGUCGAUUUUGUGUGCUGCCGGAGCUGUAAGCAUGUGCUGGUGUAUAAUUCAAAACAAGGCACGGGCACCCUCAGCCGCCAUAAGUGCAUGUCUCAACAAGAUGCGCUUAAGUCACAGCCCAAAUUGGACAUGUUUGCCAAAAAAGUCGUUUCGACGCGAUUUCGGGAUUCGUUUGCUCGAAAGCAGCUAGCCUUAGUUGCAAAAGACUUGCACCAAUUCAAUAUUAUCGAAAGUAGCGGCUUCCGUGAAUAUAGCCAAGCGCUUCUCAACAUAGGAGAAGAAUUUGGAAGUCAGUCUUUCGAUGAUUUGGUUAUAUCCCGCAAAGUGUUAAGCACUACCAUCAUGGAGAAAGAGUACGAAACGUUGAAGACUCAACUUAUCAUAAGUUUGAAAGACCAACAACUGGCAUACACGACCGACAUGUGGAGUGACGACUACACGCAGCGAAAUUUUAUAACGCUGACUGCUCACUAUAUGGAUGAUAGCUUCAAACUGAACGUCACUCUUUUAGGCAUCAGGGAGUUCUUGGACGAGAAGAAAACUGGAAAAAAUAUUCUCAAAAAUGUUCAAGACAUUUUGCAGGAUUUCAACACACUUGAAACUAUCGAUCGAGCUGUGUUCGUUACGGACAAUGGUGCUAAUGUCGUUGCGGCAUUUAAAAGCUUCAAGCGCCUAUCUUGUGCUUGUCACAAUCUGAACCUUGUCAUGGAUGACGUCACUGAGAAAAAUCCUCUUGUGGAAGCGAAGGCUUUAAUAGAUUGCUGCAAAUCAUUAGUCAAAUAUUUUAAACAUUCUCAGCUUAACAGUAAGCUCUAAAAAACGCUGAAACAGCAAGUUAAAACACGCUGGAACUCUACAUUUUUUUAGCUUUUGAGUAUAUUUGAUGUAAAAGAGGAAAUAAAAACUCUUUUACUUAAAAAAGAUGAGCUACAGCGAAUUAGUAAUUUAGAUUUUUCAUUACUUGAAAACAUUUUAUGUUUCUUAAAACCUUUUAAGGACUGCUCUGAAGCACUUAGCUCUGACAAGGAACCAACAAUGCAAAUAUUUGCAUUGUGGUCUGAAAAAUUAUGUAAACUUUGCAGAACUAGCACACUUGAUUCCCAAAUAAUAACUGAGUUUAGAUCAAUGACCCUAAGCGCAUUAGAAGUCAGGUUUCUUCCGGUAAUCGUUCAUUUGGUUGGGCUUUUCUUGAACCCUCCUUAUAAAGAGAUGAAUUUCCUCUCAGAGGAAAAAAGAGAAAAUGUGUUAGCUACGGUAAAAGCAAUGCUCUCCGAAUUUAUAGGAGAUCAUGAAAAUAGUAGCUUUGAUGACAUAACUAAUAAAAUAAGCCCAAAAAAUUCCGAAAAUGGAAUGUUUGAUGAAUUUUCAGACUUAAGUUAUGUAAAAAAACGAAAAGUUGAGAAAACGCUAUUGACAUAGAGCUUGACAAAUACUUGGCCAUUCCAGUAGCUCAUGGCACACAUAUUUUAGAAUUCCGGAAAAAUGCUAGGGACUUAAAAUACCUUCCCAAAUUAGCUCGGACCAUUCUGGCUAUUCCAGCCAGUUCGUCUACGAGCGAAAGGCUUUUUUCAACAUCGGGCCAUGUUUUAAAUGAAAAACGCACUAGGCUAAAAAGCACAAAUUUAGAAAAAAUUUUAUUUUUAAAUAAAAAUAUGACUUAGUUCGUUUUUUUUUAAUACAUAACAAUAUUCAAUAUACCUUAAUAAAUGUGGA